UUCAUACACAUGAAAUAGACAUGAACUCGGUAAACUUCAUUUGCACGUUGAAAACAACGAACUACGAAGCGUCGAGACAUUGAACAGUAAUUGUGAUUUAUUGUGUUUAUUUAUUUCAUCAUUGCUCGUCAAAGAAAAGCGUGAACAUUUGAGCGCCACAGUUAAAUAUAAUGAACACGUCUGAAAUACUUAGUCUUAUAGCUGCCGCCACACUGGAUAUAUCUAAAAAUUCAUCGAUCGAAACAAAACUGAAUCGAAACUUGAUUUUAAUUAUUAGCACACGCAAAACAUUUGCUCUACAUUUUUAAUCGUGAAUUAUUUAUUUUACGAUUAUUAUAUAAUUGCUUUACAGCUUUAAAGAAAAAAAUCCGCAACGAGAAAAAAACAGACGGAAUUUAAAAUUUAAUUUAGUGGUGAUUGAGACCUGAAAUACGUGCAACAUGCAGUUUUUUAUCAUUUGUACCGUGUUAUUUGCUGUGUUGAUUGGUUCAAGUUCGGCAUUUUUUAAUUUUUUUCCACAACCAACAAGUGGGUGUACAGUUCUUGCUGUCGUACCAAUGAGAGUUGACGCUCCACAUCCUUCUAGUAUAUACUAUAAAGCUCACCGUUUUCCGUCCUUGAAUGAAAAACUUAGCGAAAACCAAAGUCGAUUCAAUCGUAAUUUACAUCAAGUAUGGGUGGAUGCACCGGAUCCAACGUACUGCGGCAACACUGGAGGAAGAUGUUGUUUGAACGCUUUCAUCCCCUCACAGUACGAAUGGCGUAUAUUUGCAACGGGAGAUAAAAAGAAAAUUGCCAACGAACAACUAUAUAAUAACAGAGACAUUCAUUCAUGGACAUAUAAAGUAUGGACUGAUGCCCCAUCACGUUUUUGUAAUAUUUACUAAUAUACUUGCCGUACCAUCCAUAAAUUGAUCAACGAAAAACAAAAUCAAAUAUAUUUUUUUUUUAUUUGCCUAACAGAAGCAUAUAUACGCUAAUUUCAAUUUUACUUGUGUCAUUCUACGAAAUUAUUUCGCAAACAUGUGUUUCACACAAUCCAUAUAUUUGAGCAAUAAAAAAAAGAACGAUUUGAGUUGAUAACAAAAUUUAAA